GGAAUUCAGUAAUGUAUAUCUUUACAAGUUAUAUCCAAAAGAAAAAAGAGUUAUACUCUUAAAAAUGUCUAGCAAACAAGGGAUGAAGAGAAAAUCUAAAAAUAUUUUGAAAUAUGUGACACAUUCAUUCAACUAACAUUUGAGUAUCUACUAUAUGCUAAAUACUAGGCUAGAAAUAGAGUGAAUAAGAGAAAAUGAAUUCAUUAUAGAACUUAUUGUCAGUCACUGGCAUGUUGCCUUUAUUUAAUGUGCUACAUUUUUACUUUAAAGAAGGGAAAAAUACAUGCAAAUCAUUUAUAGCUCCCAAUCUAAUUUUCUCAUAUGGUCUUAAGUUCCUCAACCACAAACCUUAUCAGAAACCUAAUGUAUACAGUUAGGUUACAAUUUCCCAUACAUGCCACAUUAUCAGAAACUUCUAUGCCUUUUCCCAUGCUGUUCCCUGCCUCGAAUGCUUUUCCAACUUUUACUCAACCAUUCAAAUUUCCAUAAUGCCUACAGUGAUGUUAUGAUUUCCCCCGGCCAAAAUUAGGUACUUGCUCAUUUAUAUUCCCAAAGCACCCUAGAAUUACUCUAAACAGCAGUUAUACUUUGUAUUAUAACUGCCUGCAUAACUAUAUUCAUGCAAACAAGAUCAAGCAAACAUGAUACAAAUAUAUGCUGUCUGCAAGAAACAAAAUUUAGAAUCAGACACAAGAAAGUUAAAAGGAUGGAAAGGAACACACCAUGCAAAGUAAACAAAUGACCAUGCAAAGUAAACAAAAGACAGCUGAAGUGGCUAUGCUAAUACCAGACAAAACAGACUUUAAUCUGAGCAUACAGAGUUUAAGACAAAUUUUGAAGUAUUAGGACAAAUAGGUAAGAACAGACAUUCCUGACUACACAUUAAAAUCAUUGAUGCCAGGGCCUCAAUCCCCAGAGAUUCUGAUUUCAAUGGAGCAUUGUUAAGGCCUAGGCAUCAGUAUUUUUCGGAGGGAUUCAAGGGAUUCUAAUGCACAGCCCAUAGUUAAUGACACAUGAUUAUCAUAAGGGCUGAAAAACACUGAACUACAAGGAAAAGACAAUUGCUUUAAUUAGGGUAGGAAGUCAUGGCAGCACAGGUACACACCCUGGAGGCAUCUGAUAACACAAUGCACAAAACUUUCAUAGGUACAGGAGACAGAGUCUAAUUUCCAAAAUAUUCAAGAAGAAAAUUACUUCAUUGAGCCAAUCCCAUUAAAAAAUUUUUUUAAAUAAAAAAAUUAGGCUGGGUGCGGUGGCUUACACCUGUAAUCCCAGCACUUUGGGAGGCCAAGGCAGGCAAAUCACUUGAGGUCAGGAGUUCAAGACCAGCCUGGACAACAUGGUGAAACCCUUUCUCUAUUAAAAAUACAAAAGUUAGCUGGGCAAGAUGGUGCGUGCCUGUACUCCCAGCUACUCAGAAGGCUGAGGCAGGAGAAUCGCUUGAACCCAAGGUGGAGGUUGCAGUGAGCCAAGAUCAUGCCACUGCACUGCAGCCUGGGCAACAGAGAAAGACUCUGUCUUAAAAAAAGAAAAAAAAAAAAACACAACAACGACAACAAGAAAAUUAUUUCAAAGUGUGAGGAAGACUAGGAUUUUCCCAAGCAAUGAUGAAAAGCUGGUUAAGAUUCAUGUUCAAAUAUCAAGGCAUUCAACUGUACCUAUGACUUGUAGUUCUUUGGUUUCAAUAUAUUUUAGUAUCCCAUUCAAAUAUUAUACCUUUUAAAAAUAAUGCUCAUGCUAAUAAAAUUAAAACUUUUAAAGUAAAAAGAGGUGAGUGGGGAAAUAUGCUACGUUAUCUGACUCAGAAGCCUAAGUGUUCAGAUCAUUGCUUAGUGUUCAGACCACAACCACAGUACUGUGGAUCACACUACAAUCAUUGUAAGAGCAUAUCUGUGGGGACAAAACACUGGUUAAGAGUUGGGCUCUGCAAUGCCAAUGGCCCUGAGGGGCAGAACUACCGCUCGGAGCUCCACAUCUUCCCGGCCUCACCCGGGGCCUCACUCGGGGGUCCCGAGGGCGCCCACCCUGCGGCCGCCCCUGCUGGGUGCGUCCCCGGCUCCAGCGCCCUGGCGCCAGGCUAUGCGGAGCCGCUGAAGGGCGUCCCGCCAGAGAAGUUCAACCACACCACCAUCCCCAAGGGCUACCGCUGCCCCUGGCAGGAAUUCGUCAGCUACCGGGACUACCAGAUCGAUGGCCGAAGUCACACCCCCAGCCCCAACGACUACCGAAAUUUCAACAAGACCCCGGUGCCAUUUGGAGGACCCCUCGUGGGGGGCACUUUUCCCAGGCCAGGCACCCCCUUCAUCCCGGAGCCCCUCAGUGGCUUGGAACUCCGUCUCAGACCCAGCUUCAACAGAGUGGCCCAGGGCUGGGUCCGUAACCUCCCAGAGUCCGAGGAGCUGUAGCCCUAGCCUGAAUCUUCAGUUCCCCAGUCUUGGGGGCCUGGUAACAUCCGGAGCCAAGACUUGUGGACAGCACUUCACAGUUUAAGAAGAGCCUUCACACACAAAACCUGACUGCAAAUGGCUUCAGAGGUCACAAAGUUCAGUAGUCCCAAAACAUGGGUGUGCUUCAAAAUUACCUGGGGAUAUUGUUCCGAAUACAGAUGACUGGACUGUCCCAGACUUGCAGCAUCAGAGUCUCCUGAGUCGAGGAAUCUGUAUUACUAAUAGCAACCAGGACUGGGUGUAGUGGCUCACGCCUGUAAUCCCAGCACUUUGGGAGGCCGAGGCGGGAGGAUCACCUGAGGUCAGGAGUUUGAGACCAGCCUGGCCAAAAUACUGGAACCCCGUCUCUACUAAAAAUACAGAAAUUAGCCAGACAUGGUGGUGCAUGCCUGUAAUCCCAGCUACUUGGGAGGCUGAGACAGGAGAAUCACUUGAACUAGGAGGCAGAGGUUGCAGUGAGCCGCUGGACAACAGAGUGAGACUCCUUCUCAAAAAUAAAUAAAUAAAUAAAUAAAUAGCAACCAGUACUCCAGGUGAUUCCAGCAUUAAAAAAAAAAAAAAAAAAGAGUUGGGCUCUGAAGCCAGACUUACCCAGUUUUAAAUUCCCACAGCAUUCAAGUAUCUUUUUAUCAAAAUUUUCUCCAACCCUUUAACAUUGUGUGACUUCAGGCAAGUUACUUUACCUCUCUAAAUAGUUUCCUUAUCUAUAAAAUGAAAAUAAUGACACUAUAAAUAGAGUGGCUCUAAGGAUUAAAUAAGAUAAUCUUGGUAGAUGACUUUAUCAUGGAGUCUGGCUCAACAGUAAGCUCUGAUAAUUACAACAGUACUACUACAGGCAUUUAACUUAUAAAAUUAUGGUAAAGCAUGCAUACUACAAGGCCCCUUAUUUUUGCAUUUUUGUAAUCUAUUUUUCUAUGAAAGAUAAAAAUGGAGAAGAUAAUAAAGGUUUAAAGGGGAAGUCCAAAAUACGGGAAAAUAGGACACUAAAGGAGUGAGAUAUAGUUAUCAUGGUGAAUAAAACUAGGUAAUAAUAGAAGAUAGGGUAUAAAAUGAAAAGGCCAUGAGGCAAAAAGAUAGCAAGGAGAAACCAGUUGACCACAGUCAAAAUUCAUAGGACAAAAAAACCUCUAAAAUGAGGAAUAUUAUGGAAUGUCUGAAUUCAGAUGCCAGACCAAGUUAGUGCUGCUGUAGAUGGUUUAUUUAUGGUUCUGAUAAACUGGAGGUUGGCAAGACUUUAAUGGGAAUAUAAAGUAAGCUCCAUUAUACUUCUGAUUAAUCAAAGUUUUCCAACAUUACCAUCUUGCUAUAUCCCCAAACUCCAAAUACCAAAAGCAGGUUAGAAUGGAUUAUUUGGAGUAACUCAUUCUACCUAAUUUUCUUUUCCUAAAACACUUUUAACAUCUAAACAUUGAAGAAGUGGCAAUUAUAUUUAUUUGCAGAGCCAAUUGUGAGGAUGCUAAGGACAAAAGGAAAAGAGUAAGUAUCAAAUUCCCUGAGAUAUCUAGCAUAACACAUGCCUAAGCUUCAUAACCAGUACUGUACUUUUGCUGCAAAAUACACUGAUGACCAAGGCAUUUAAUCCCACUUACUAGUAAGCUACUAUCUAGUACAUUCUUUCCCAGUCCUGUGUCCUCUAAGUAACCUAAGUAAAUCUUUUAAGUUCUACCUUUAAUAACUACAUCCUUUCCCAUCUGAGUACACGGCAUCACCAUUCAUCCAACCUUACCCUCACCUAAUCAGUCCACUUGGAUAAGACUUUGAGGCCAGUAUAGCAGCAAUGUUACAACAACUCUUACCCUUACUACCGAUUACCAUGUCACACGGCUCCCAUCCUGGCAUUGCCUUACGACAAUUAGGCAGAGGUAGCCGUGGCUACUCUUGAAUGAAAGAACUUUAGUUCAAUGUAAUGUCAUCACCUUAACAAAAAAGCUUUUAGACUCACCUAACCCAAGAGGAGUAAUUAAUACUAAAACAGUUGGAUGUAAAAUUAGAUCAAUAUUGGGGAGACUACUGUUCCACUAAGUUUCAUUCACAGGACAUUCUAGGCAUUUAAUUUGUAUUAUAUUGGUUCUUUUUUAUUUUUUGCGGGGGAGAGGGAUGGAGUCUCCCUCUGUUGCCCAGAUUGGAGUGCAAUGGCAUAAUCAUGGUUCACUGUAAUCUCUGCCUCCCAGGUUCAAGCAACUGUCGUGUGGCAGCCUCCUGGGUAGCUGGGAUUACAGGUGUAUCCCACCACAUCCAACUAAUUUGUAUUUUUAAUAGAGACCAGGUUUCACCAUGUUGGCGAGGCUGGAAAUUUGUAUUAUACUGGUUCUAAAUGUAUUUUCAAACACAGAGAUCAUCAUCUGAUAAGACUUCCAUCUUCAUACACUGGAAUAAAGAUCAGCAAAUUUUUUUCUGUAAAGGGCUAGACAGAUAAUAAGUUCUUCAGGUUUUGGGUGUUGUUUUUUUCUGAGACAGGGUCUUGCUGUUUCACCCAGGCAGGAGUGCAGUGGCAUGAUCAGCCUCAACCUCCAAUCCUCCGAAAGUGCUUGGAUUGCAGGUAUGAGCCACCAUACCCAGCCCAAUACUUUAGGUUUUGAAGUUAUAUGUUCUCUGUGACAAUCACUCAACUCUGCCACAGUUGUGUGAAAGCAGCUACAGACAACAGUAUGUAAACAAAUGAACAUGGCUGUAUACCAAUAAAACCUUAUUUACAAAAAUAGAGGACAGGCUGUAGAUUGCCCACCACUGUACUAAGCUAUCACAGACUAGGCUUUAACUUCAAAGUUUUAGAGCAGAACAUGGUCCUACAGUAAGUUGAGGAAAACUAUUAAUUUCACAAACAUUUACUACAUAUUUGCUAUUACCCACCAAUUGCUGGUGAUAAAGUAAGAAACCCUGUCCUCAAAGAGUUUACCAUCUCGUAGGCUAGGCAGUAACUGCAAAAAGUGUUAUGAGUACUGUGGCAUAAAAUCUACAAAGUGUACAUGCAGGGUAAGGAGAUUGAAGUGGUUAAUUUAACUUGAGAGACAGAAGGAAGGAAAUUUUCCACAGAGCAUUUGAUGCUUAAAGAGCAGACUAAUGACGGGUACAGUGAGCAGGCAAGGGAAGGAAGAUGGGGAUGGGAUAUUCGACUCAGUGGCAGGAGGAUGAGGAAAAAGCAUAAAUGUGAAACAAUCUUUCGCAUCUUCAGAGAUGUGAAAGCAGUUCAGCGUGAUUAAAACUAGCAAUGAGAACAGAAAAGCAAGGUUGAAUAUAAAAGGGGAUAAAUAGACUCAAUAUAACGUGGUAUCAAAGAAAGGGUCAGAGGCUAAGGUCUAAGAUGCCUCCUUGGUUUCUGAUCUGAGUGACUUGGGUAGAUGACAGUAACAUUCAUUGUAAGAGGUAAUUCAAGAUUAAGAAUAAAUAAAUAGGCUGAGCUUGGUGGCUCACGCCUGUAAUCCCAGCACUUUGGGAGGCUGAGUCAGGUGGACUGCUUGAGCCCAGGAGUUUGAGACCAGCCUGGGCAACAUAAUGAAACCCUGUCUCUACUAAAAAUAAAAAUAAAAAAAAUAGCUGGGUGUGGUGGCACAUGCCUGUGGUCCCCAACAACAUGAGAGGCUGAAAUGGGAGGAUCGCCUGAGUCUGGGAAGUAGAGGUUGCAGUCAGCAGAGAACAAGCCACUGCACUCCAGCCUUGGUGACAGAGUGAGACCCUGUCUUUAAAAAAAAAAGAGUAAAUAAAUACAAGCAGAAAUUCAAUUUUCCUUUUAUAAAGCCUCUUUAGAAAUCUAGUUUUAAAUAAUUUUUUUGGUGAUUAUCAAAGAAAUGCACAAUUAACACAGAAAAUGAAAUGUAAAAAGUGUAAGAAAAACCAAAGGGAAAAAAACUAUAUAAUCCUACUAUCCAGAAAAUGAUUAAGAUAAACAUGUACAAAUACUGGAGAAAAAAGCUUAGAGUCUAAAAAUAAAUACAGACUCAACCUUCACUAUGAAAGCUUUCUGGAGGAACUCCGGCUUACAUGAGCCAUAUAUACAUUAUAUACUUCAUGUUGCUCUUCAAGCAAUCCUUGUUCAACUGUAGGAGACUGAAGCCUGGUCUGUCUGCUGUCAAGUUUUGCCCUCGUGCUCUUCUUUCUUAAAAUCAGUUUGGGCUGCAUGUGGUGGCUCACGCCUGUAAUCCCAGCACUUUGGGAGGCCGGGGCGGGCAGAUCACUUGAGGUCAGGAGUUUGAGACCAGCCUGGCCAACAUGGCGAAACCCCAUCUCUACU